AUGUUCAACUUUCAUUUCUUUCUUUCUUCCCUAAUUCUUCACUAUUUCUCUUUCCGCUGCUUUUUUCUUCCUUCUAUCUCCUUUUUAUCCCUCUCUCUUUCUCCUUUCUCACAUCUUUCCUUGCCUCUCUUUUUCCUUUCCCUCAUUUUUAUAUCAAUCUUUCCUCCUGUUGCAUACUCCCCUUUGUCUGGGGAUUCUGUCAUGUUUUCUUUUCUUCCUCUUAUCUCUCUCUCUUUUCUCCCCCUCUUUUCCUCUCAUUUCUAUCACUCCACUUCUCUCCUCUUUCCUCUCUUUUUCAUCUUUUUAUUCUCUUCUCUUACUCCUUCUUUCUUUGCUGUUUUCCCCACUCUCUCUGUAAUCCUUUUCCUGUCUCUUUUUCUUUUCUUCUUUCAAUCUGAUUUUCAUCUUACUCUUUUUUUUCUCUUCCCUUUUCCUUUCCUUCAUAUCUCUCAUUUAUAUAAGUUCCCUUCUUUCUCCUCCUGUUUAAUAUCUUUCUUUGAUGUUUUCUCCCUCUCUAAUUCUGUUUCUGCCAUUUUUCAUUAUCUUCCUUACAUACACAUUCUAUCUCUCUGUCUUCCUCUCCUCCAUUCUCUUUCUUUUCAUCCUUCAUUUCCUCUAUUUUUCAUUUCUCUCAUAUUUAUAUAUUUUCCCUCCUCCUUACUAUCUUCUAAUGCUUCCUCCUUUCUCUCUAAUUGUGUUUCUCCCUUCUUUCUUCCACUUCCUUUUCCUCUCUCUCUCUCUCUUUUUCCUUGCCUCUUCCACUUUACUUUCUUCUUUUUAAUUUCAUUCAUUUUUUAUAUGUCCCUCUUCUCCUACCCUGCUGCUUUCUUCUGUUUCCUUUCCUUUCGGUUUUUCUUUCUUUAUUCCAUCUCCUUUUCAUCUCACUUUUUUCCCACACCUCUUCUUUCAUUUCUUUUCUUUUUUAUUUUCCCUUCUCCUCCUCACUAUAUUCCUCUGCUUUUUCUCUUUUUAUUUCUCUGUACUUUUUCUCACUAUCUCUAA